UGGAGAGGAGUUUUUUUCCGCCCGUCCUUUCUCUCCUGCAACUUGCAAAAAGUUUCUUUCCCCACCCCUUCGCCCCCUUUUUUUUUUUUUUUUUUUGACUUAGAGGGGUAGAGAAAAUAAUAACAAUAAUAAUAAAAACACUUUUGCGAACUUUUUUCCAGCUUUCUUCCUCAUUUCCCCAGCCGGGCUUCACGCUGGUGGGGGAACCGUCUCUCUUAGUUUUACUUUUUAACUCUUCCCUGCCCCUCAGCCACCUGUUUUUUUAUUAUUUUUCAACAAUUUUUUUUUUCACCCCGUUUCCCCCCUCCGCCACUUUCUCGCAUGAAUCUCCUAGACCCCUUCAUGAAAAUGACAGAAGAACAGGACAAAUGUAUCUCCGACGCCCCCAGCCCCACCAUGUCGGAUGAUUCCGCCGGGUCCCCCUGCCCCUCUGGAUCCGGUUCGGACACGGAGAACACCAGACCCCAAGAAAACACCUUCCCCAAGGGUGACCCCGACCUGAAGAAGGAGACCGACGAGGACAAGUUCCCGGUGUGCAUCCGCGAGGCGGUGAGCCAAGUGCUCAAGGGCUACGACUGGACCCUGGUGCCCAUGCCCGUGCGGGUGAACGGCUCCAGCAAGAACAAACCCCACGUGAAGAGACCCAUGAACGCCUUCAUGGUGUGGGCACAGGCGGCCCGCAGGAAACUGGCCGACCAGUACCCGCAUCUGCACAACGCCGAGCUCAGCAAGACCCUGGGCAAGCUUUGGCGUUUGUUAAGCGAAAAUGAGAAACGUCCCUUUGUGGAAGAAGCUGAGCGGCUCAGGGUCCAGCACAAAAAGGAUCACCCGGAUUAUAAAUACCAGCCACGGAGGAGGAAAAGCGUAAAAGCUGGGCAGAGUGAUUCCGACUCCGGAGCCGAGCUCAGCCACCAUGCGGGCACACAGAUCUACAAAGCGGACAGCGGGCUGGGAGGCAUGGCUGACUCCCACCAUCACGGCGAUCACACAGGCCAGACCCAUGGGCCACCCACCCCACCCACCACCCCGAAAACCGAUCUCCACCACGGCAGCAAGCAGGAGCUGAAGCACGAGGGCCGCCGCCUCGUGGAGAGCGGCCGCCAGAACAUCGACUUCAGCAACGUGGACAUCUCGGAGCUGAGCAGCGAGGUCAUCAACAACAUGGAGACCUUCGAUGUCCACGAGUUCGAUCAGUACCUGCCACUCAACGGCCACGCCACCAUGCCGGCUGACCACGGCCCCAAUGCUGCCGCCGGCUCCUACGGCGCGUCCUACUCCCACUCGGCCGCGAGCACCGGCGGGACCAACCAGGUCUGGACUCACAAAAGCCCGGCCUCAGUGUCUCCGUCCUCUGCCGACUCGGGCCAGCAAAGGCCACACAUCAAAACGGAGCAGCUGAGUCCCAGCCACUACAGCGACCAGUCUCACGGCUCCCCCGCACACUCCGACUACGGCUCCUACAGCGCCCAGGCUUGUGCCACCACCGCCUCCACCGCCACGGCUGCCGCCUCCUUCUCCAGCUCCCAGUGCGACUACACGGACCUCCAGAGCUCCAACUACUACAAUCCUUACCCUGGCUACCCCUCCAGCAUCUACCAGUAUCCCUAUUUCCACUCCUCCCGCCGUCCCUACGCGACACCCAUUCUCAACGGCUUGUCCAUCCCGCCGGCCCACAGCCCCACUGCUAACUGGGACCAGCCGGUCUAUACGACCCUGACGAGGCCUUAAAGGAUGCGCGGAGCCCCCGAGGGCUUCCCCGACUUAUGCACUAAUGAAGGAAUGAAGACGAAGAGCGUGGAGUGCCGUGAUAGUUUCCGAAGUGCCUCCUGAGCCACUGGGCACUCUGCUCGUUGCGACUGGAUGUCCCCUAGCUUCAAAACUCUCCAAAAGGACAGAGCUCUAUUUUUCUUUAAUACAAUUUAAAAAAACCCCUUUAAAAAUAAUUAAAAAAAAAAGGACCGGUGAUUCCUUUUGAAUAAAUGAAGGACAAAACCAUUCGACUCCUCUGUGAGGACUGAACUGAAUUUACUCGUCGUGGAAGCUGACAAGUGCAAAAGUGGAGCAGGGGGGUGGGAAGGGGGGGGAAGAAAAAAAAAAGCUGUUCAAGACUUUAAGGGUCUAUUGCAAUGUGAGGAACGGACCAACCUUGAGGGCAAGAACUCACUCGGACCAACGCGGAUGAAACUGAAAACCCGGCUAUUCUGUGUAACAAUCUUGUGGGAACAAACGAGUCUGGUGGGACCAACCAAUUAAAUGUCUGAAGUGUUUUUUUAGUCAAGAGUUCUUCUAAGCAAGGUUUGGCUGUAAUUAACAUUUUGUUUUGGUUUUUUGGAAGCUUAAAGUGUUUUUGUUUUUUUUUAAAUCUGUUAAAUAUGUAUUUAUGUUCUGUAUUAUUUUGUCUUUUAAUUAAUGAAGUAAUUUUGUGCAAAAAGUAGAAUUUUAAAAGAUUUUAAAGAUGGGGUGGGGAGGGAGCAUAAAAAUAGUGGAGAUGAUACAAUAAAAUGGUGUUAUGAGUCUAUAGAUUUUCUUUGGUUUUUGGGUUUUUUUCAUUUUGAACCGCUGCAGCAGUUGUGUUUGAGAGAGGGACCGAACAAAUCUGCCCAUCGCAGACCUGGUCACCAACAGGAAACUCAAAUGGGAAUGUAAAAUAACGAGGGGAGGGAGCUACUAAUUAAAUUGGGAGGCUAAAACAAUUGUAAAAAGGAGCAGGCGAUUUUUCUGACUACCUGCUUUUGGGCGCUAAAAUUGGUUUUAAGGCAUUGCAGAGUCUUUGUACACUUUUGGAACCAG